UGGGAGUCCCCUGACAGAUGCAGGCUUGGCCCUCCUCAACCCUGCUCUCUCCAUCCACCCCUCGCUGGUGGCUCUGGAUCUAGGAGACUGCAUGCUGGGUGAUGAAGGCAUCAACCUUAUCUGUGGGCUCCUGCCGCCCGACGGGGCCAAGUCCGGCCUCAAGGAGCUAACGCUGAGUGCCAACCCAGGCGUCACGAGCAAAGGCUGGGGACGCCUGGCCAUUGCAGUGGCUCACAGUUCGCAGCUCCGUGUGCUGAACCUGGACUACAACCCCCUGGGUGACCAGGUAGCAGGGAUGCUCGCUGUUGCCGUGGCCUCCAGUCGAACCCUUGAAGUUCUGGACUUGGAAGGCACAGGCCUUACCAACCAGUCAGCCCAGACCUUGCUGGACAUGGUAGAGAAUUACCCCACGGCCCUGCGGACGCUCAUCCUGGCAGAGAACAACAUUAGUCCCGAGCUGCAGCAGCAGAUCUCUGACCUGCUCUCAGAGGGCGAGGAAGAGGAGGAGAUGGAGGCCCGUGAAGUCACAGCCAGGGAGAAGAACCCCUGGAUCUGCCAGAACAGUAAGAGCUCUGGGACCUGGGCU